AUGUCGCUGACCGUACCCUUUGCAGCCUGCAGCCCUCGGGCUGCACCAUCGCUCCGGUCCACAUUCCGUGAAGGGGCCGCACUCCAGGUUCGGACUGCACCGCCCCGGACCCGGCCCGCAGCACGCACAGGCCUGAAAAUCUAUCAGUUUGGAUUUUUGAAGAAAUUGGGUCUGGAAAAGCCCGAGUUCCUCCCUGAUUUCGGGGCUCCCAAGCGGAAGUUGCUGCUGGAGGGCUUCUUCAGCAGCAUCAACCAGGAUGUGCUCGCCAACACCCUCUCGGAUGACUUCAAGUUCUCCGACAGGGACAGGGUGUACACCAAGGAUGAGUUCGCCCAGGUGCUAAAAAGCGUGAAGGCUGCCAUCCCCGACUUUCAGUGGCAUGCCAGCACGGACGGCCUGGCAGACAAGAAGGACAAGAAGGCGCGGGUGGAGGUGCGCAUCACCGGGACGCACACAGGCGCGCCCCUCUCCUUCCCCGGCCUCAAGGAAGUCCCCUCCAGUGGGAAGAAGGUGGACCUGCCCAGUGCAAAGUACCUCGUCUCUGUGGAGGAGGGCAGAAUCACGAGCAUCGAGGUGCGCUGA